UUUGGCUUCCAUUCACGGGCUUUUUCUACUCAUUUCCUAAGCCAGGUGCUUCGCAAAAGACGACAAACCUCCGAGAGGGAAGAGAAAAAAAAGCGCGCGCGCACACGCACACACACACACACAUACACACACACGCACGCACGCACGCACACACACACACACACACACACACACACAGGUACACACAUACACGCGCGCGCGCGCGCAGACAGACGCACAAACACCCAGAGUUCACCGGUCGAGCACGGGACUUUUUUUUGCCUCACCUCGGCGGAUUUUGGCUGCUGAACACUCUGUGGUGAAGAGGAAAGAAACAUUUCUAACGAUUUGCCGAAACUCGAAAGAGUUGCGCUUUUGGAUUUUUUCACCGAUGCCUUUUUUUACAGUUCUUCCCCGACUCUCCAGAAGUGGCAUGAUCGGCGUCCGUCAACAAGACAGGUGAAUUAUUUUCUCCACUCGGUUUUGGUGGUUUAUACAGUUUGACGUUAUUUUACAAGGACUGAACGGUGUGAGUGUCGUCGUAAAAAAAAAAAAAAAAAAAAAGCCAUGUCCAAGCCGGCCGAUCACAUCAAGAGACCCAUGAACGCCUUCAUGGUUUGGUCCCGCGGCCAGAGGAGGAAAAUGGCCCAAGAGAAUCCCAAGAUGCACAACUCUGAGAUCAGCAAGAGGCUCGGUGCCGAGUGGAAGCUUCUCUCCGAGUCUGAGAAGCGGCCCUACAUUGAUGAGGCCAAACGGUUGCGCGCGCAGCACAUGAAAGAGCACCCGGACUACAAGUACCGGCCGCGGCGCAAGCCCAAGAACCUGCUCAAGAAGGACCGAUACGUGUUCCCUCUGCCCUACUUGGGCGACGCUGAACACUUGAAAGCACUUCCGGUUUCCGGUGCCGACUCGUUGCUAGCUUCCGGGCCGGAAAAAGCGCGCGCGUUCUUGCCGCCGGCGGCUUCUGCGCCCUACUCGUUCCUUGACCCAAGUCAGUUCAGUUCCAGCGCUGCGCAGAAAAUGGCUGAUAUGCCACACGCCCUUGCCGCCGCCGCCGCCGGGUCACUGCCCUACGCCUCCUCACUCGGCUACCAGAACAGCGCGUUUGGCGGCCUGGCGUGUCCGGGGCAGCACACACACACACACCCGUCACCUACCAACCCGGGCUAUGUCGUACCCUGUAACUGCACAGCGUGGUCGGCGGCGUCCAGCCUGCAGCCGCCCGUCGCCUACAUCCUCUUCCCGGGCAUGGGUAAGAGCGGCAUCGACCCGUACCCCACAGCGCACGCCACGGCCAUGUAAAAUACCCAUCCGCAAAGUUGAGCAGAGGGACAAUUUUUACUUUGGAAACUUGAACCACGUAAACCACGCACUCUCACACACUCCCAUCAAGAGGAUCGAAGUUACAAGAGCAAACAGACAGUCGGGCUCUCCGAAAACUUCUAAAACAAAAGGCAGUUCUGCUCUUUCUCAGCCUAAAAGACGUUUCUCUCUGGAAACUUCAAUGAUGUAAAAUAAAUAAAUAAAUUAAUAAAUGAAUUAAUAGCCCCGCAAAUAGAGGGUGUUCGGCUCAGAAGAAAACGCACUUCUCUACGGAAACUUCAGUGAUGUUACCCUCUACAGAAGAGGGGAAAGACAAUUCUCUCUUUCUUUCUUUCUUUCUUUCUUUCUUUUUUAGAAACUUGAACAAUGUUUAAAAAAGGUCACAAAACAGUUAUAAAACAGCCACAAUACGCUGUUGCUCUUUGAAAACUUGAACCGCAGUAAACUGACUCAAGUGUCUCUCAGUGCGAGCUUCAUCUCUGCGCUGCAUGACGCGAUCUGACACAAGUGCAAAGCUCAUGUUGUAAAGGCCGGAAGGACUCUGAGAACUGGAGACAAACUUUCGAUUUUUCAUCAUGCCCGUUUUUUCCCUCCGGACCUCUGCAUGGGAACUUGGGAGUAGAUGUGAGAGAUCAAGGAGCCCUGAACUGUAAGAAAUGUAAAUGCUAUAACAUUUAUUAACGGCUAUCCGAUUGAGGAUGCCUUUAACUUUAUUUAUUAUGUACAUUUUUGAUGCUAUACUAAUGAUAAUUUUGUUUAAUGAUAUUAUUAUUAUUAUUAUUAUUAUUAUUAUUAUUAUUAUUGCUGUUGUUGUUAUCUUAUUUUAAAGGCCCAUUUUGGUUUGCACAAGUGACAUUCACCCUUCAUAGCGCUUGUAUAUUGUACUUAUAUUUUAGCACUCCGAUUAAAUGGUUUGGAUCACGCUUAGAAUUUUUUGAGUUGGAUGAACAUACGGGUUAUAUUGUUUAUAGGCUAUUUAUCAAACUGGUGCAUAAAAUUAGACAAACUAUUUAAAGCAUCAAAAGGGAAAAAUAAUAGGCAAUCUUUUUUUUGCAAACUGUGGUUCAGUGCUCGUCACACGUUCUAUUCAUCUGAAGAAAAAGAAGAAGAAGAAGCUGGGGUUUGAAGCUAAGCGGUUAAUGUUAAUGUGGUUUUAUUAUGAUUAUUAUUUUUCAACUGCGAUGGUAAUUUAAAAGCUGUACUAAUGUUAUGGAAAGGAAGAUGUAUCCAAAUGGGUGAUACCUCGAUUCUUUGUUCAUUUGCCUGAGCAAAGACAUUUUGAAUAAAGACAAUCUGUCUUCAAAAUUAUACAAA